GACUGUGAAGCAGCGACGGCGCUCCGGAAUUUCCCGUUUCCACCUCGAAAGUACGCAAAAUACGAAAAAACACGGAAAGCACGGAGAACCGGAGACCCGCAAAAACGGGCGUAAAGUCGUCAACUCGCAAAGUGUUUUCAAAAAAGCGUUAACAACAUAAGACGUUGUAAAAAAAACUUGCAAUGUUGGAAAAAAAUAACCCACAUUUGCAUAAUUUAUUAAGUGGAAAAUGGGAACGCAACUUAAAAUAGAAAUUUAAAAAUUUGUUAAAAAUCAUCUGCAGAAAUGCCGGCAAAUGUCAAAUCACAAAACUGAAAAAAAUUGUAAGACUUACAGCUUGAGUGUUAAAUUCUGUAUAAAUCUUUAGAAUUAGAGUACCAAAAAACUAAAAACACAAAGUGAGCAAAGAUUCAUAACAAAAUUGCAAUACAACUUCUAAAAUAUCUUGAUUAAAAUUUUAAAACAAAUUUCUAAAAAUAAAAGUUACAAGAUAAAAAAGCUAGUAAAAUGUUAAGAUCUUAACGAAGAGUUUUAAACGAUUAAAAAGCUUAACACCAAUGAACACAAGAGGAAAACCUUGAGAGCCACCCAGAAGACCCUAGAGAAAAUCCCCGAAACUCCGUGGAGGGAAAACACUGAAAAUCUCAGCCCGAAAAUGCUUUUGAGCAACCAGCCGGCGAAUACGAAACCGCAGCAAACGCCUUCGCCGUCGCAGACGCAGAACUUCAAGUCGAAGUUGCAGCAGCAAAUCGUUUCGGCAGCGGCGGUGGCAGCGGCGAAUAUCGCCAACGGCAGCGGUCAUCAUCACCAGCAUCAUCAUAGCCAUCAUACCCACAGUCCGCUGAGCAGUCUGAACGGCCACCACAAUCAUAAUCACAAUCAGCACAACAUUUCCUUCGCCACGGAUUUCUCAAUUGCGGCGAUUAUGGCGCGCGGCGGAAACGCCCCGAGCAGCCGGGAACCUUCGGAGCGGAGUCUGAGUCCCGCAUCUGUGGAGCGCUUUUCAGGCCAGGAUGCGGACGAUGAUGUUGACGUUGAUGUGGUCGACUGCAGUGACUCGGAAAUGCCGACGGCAACUGCAGCAGCAGCAGCAGCAACGGCAACAGCAGCGGCUGCAGCAGCAGCAUUGCAGGCGCAGCAGCAAGCACGUCAGGCAUUGCGUGUUGCACAGCAACAGCAACAACAUCACCACGCAACAGCAAACAAGCAACAACGCCAACAUCACAAUCAUCACAGCAGCAACACCAACAGCAAUAGCAACAGCAACAGCAAUAGCAACAUCAGCAACUCAGGCAACAGCAACAGCAAAUCAAGCAGCCAUCGAGGGCGUUCUGCUGCCGCAGUUGGAGCCGCUGCCACGCCCUCGCCGCCACCGCCCCCGCCCUCGCAAAGUCCCGAGGAACUCGAACGCCUGUCGCCAGAGGAAUCGCCAGCUCAGCAGCCCACGCCCAAGAUACUGGGCUCGUGCAACUGCGACGAUCUCACGCCAGUCCAGUGCCACCUGGAGACCAAGGAGCUGUGGGAUAAGUUCCAUGAAUUGGGCACUGAAAUGAUCAUUACCAAAUCGGGCAGACGUAUGUUCCCCACGGUUCGAGUGAGUUUCUCUGGUCCCUUGAGGCAAAUUCAACCGGCGGAUCGAUAUGCCGUACUGUUAGAUGUCGUACCGCUGGAUUCGCGGCGCUAUCGAUACGCAUACCAUCGCAGCUCGUGGCUGGUGGCCGGAAAGGCGGAUCCACCGCCCCCCGCCAGAAUAUACGCCCAUCCUGAUUGUCCUCUCAGUCCGGAGGCCCUGAGAAAACAGGUCGUCUCCUUCGAAAAGGUGAAGUUGACAAACAACGAGAUGGACAAGAGCGGACAGGUCGUGCUGAACUCAAUGCACCGCUACCAGCCAAGGAUCCACUUGGUGCGUCUGAGCCAUGGCCAGAGCAUCCCCGGCAAUCCCAAGGAGCUGCAGGAUAUGGACCAUAAAACCUUCGUUUUCCCGGAGACCGUGUUCACGGCCGUGACGGCCUAUCAGAAUCAAUUGAUUACGAAACUGAAAAUCGAUUCGAAUCCGUUUGCGAAGGGAUUUCGCGAUUCGUCGCGUCUCAGCGACUUUGAUAGGGAUCCCAUGGAUGCGUUCUUCUUCGACCAGCACAUGCGAACAGCGCCCUUGAGAUUUUUCCCGGAUCCGCUGAUGUCGCAACUGACGCCGCAGGAGGCGGAUGCUGCCUCAUUGGCGCUGCUGGAGAAAGCCCGCCAGCACCUGCAAAUGUUCGGCAGAUCACCGUACACGGAGAUGCUGCUGCCGCACUUGUACCAGCGAUCGGCGGCACCGCCGCCGCCCCCGCCUGCCCCUCACCUCAGCGCCUUUCAGCUGGGAAUGUGGCAGCAACAGUGGCCGCAACUCACGGCCGGAUUCCUGGCCAGCGCCAAUCAGCAGGCGGCCUUGGCCUUGGCAGCGGCGGGCGCCAAUCGAACGCCACCUCCUCCGAUGGCGGUGGCGCCACCAGCCCCCGCCACGCCCACCUCCUCGUGCGGUUCCGCCUCGCCGGACUUGAGGGCCAGGCCGCAGCUGAGUCACUAUCCCCAGCGGUUCAGCCCGUACCAGGUGCCCCAACAUCAGGCGUCGCCACCAGCCUCGAAUCGGGCAGAAAGUCCUUAGGACGCAAACAAUAACAAACCAACUAAACCACCCAAAACACCACCCAUUUCCCUCUUUGCCCCACCCAAAUAAAUAGGCUGUUGUGGUCUUUAAGUCUGUAACAAAUUUAUAAAGUCCUAAUAGUAAAACAUGUAACAUAAAACUAUUAGCAAUCAAUCAAAAUACAUAAUUAAUUAAUUGAUAAUUCGACUUUUUUCAUGUGCAAUAAAUUCAUUUCUAAGCUUUUAAACGUUAAAAAAUAGUUUUGAAUGUGCCGUUUUUAUACUUCUUAUUCAAACCUUUAAUUUUGUACUAAAAACAAUAUUUAUUAGAUUUAAAGACCACACCAGAAUAUCAAAGAAAUGUAUGUGCAAUGUUGUUGAACAGAAAAAAAAAACAAACGAAAAAGAAAACCCUUUGUAAAUAACCCCGAAAAUGUUGCUGCAACAUCCAAAGAAAGACGCAUUCGAUGUUGCAUGUGAUGCUAAGCUAGAAAACCGUCUCUAUCGGUUUCACUGUAUUGUAAUUUCUGUAGCAUUAUAACAGUAUUAGUUAAUUUAAUUAGGCCUAGCAGUAUGCAUCAUCCCGAUUUUUGCUGUGUUUUUUGUUGUCGUCCCCAUGUGUUCCUAAAACUGCAAAUUAUUGUGAGAAUUCCACGCUGAAUUAAACCCCCUAGACACUCCCCUCCCCGAAAGCAAAUUUGAAAACAAUUACUAUAAACACUUAUUUAAAUAAUGUGCAAAGAGCGGAGGAGUGAAACUAAAUAAACAAUUUAUAACACAAAGCGAGAGG